CCUUCCCCAGUAACCGCUGUCAUUCUUCUCUCCUCAGGUGCUCGGCCGCUGUUUCUUGACUGUAAUGCAGGUUCAUUUUCAGUUCUUGUCUCAAGCGUUACAGAAGGUGCAGCCUGUGGCACAUUCAUGCUUUGCCGAAGCGAUAGCACAAGAGCGCAAGAACGCUCCCAGGACUGGCGACCUGAGCCCGACAAGAGAGCUAGACGAUGCCGUGAGGUCUUGGAGAGGAGCCACCGAGGCCACCUGCCGCCUGCGAGAGCGAGGGUGUGACGGCUCCCUGGCCGGGUUAGACGUUCAGCAGCUCUUCUGCUCACAAAGCUUGGCCAUCCCAGAGCAUCACCUCAAGGAACUUAAUAUGAAGAUCGACAUGACCUUACAGGCGUAUAAGAUAGCGCUGGAGAGUUUAGGUCACUGUGAAUAUGCAAUGAAAGCCGGCUUCCACCUCAAUCCCAAGGCUAUUGAAGAAUGUCUGAAGGGCUGCUGUAGUGAUGCAGAGGCACAGCAGGCGGGGAGACGGCAGACUCCACCUCAGCCGAUACAGUGCGAGCUCCCAACCGUGCCCGUGCAGAUCGGCUCUCACUUCCUGAAAGGAACGUCGUUUAACGAGUCCGCAACAGACAACUUGAAGCUGAAAACGCAUACAAUGCUGCAGCUGGUCAAGGAAGCCGACGGGCACAACGGGAUGACUGACCGGGAUGAAACGGUGGUGACUGAAGUUCUCAAUCAAGUGUGUCCUUCCACGUGGCGGGGGGCUUGUAAAACUGCAGUGCAGUUGCUUUUCGGCCAGGCUGGUCUGGUGGUCGUUGACACAGCACAGAUUGAGAACAAGGAAGCCUAUGCGCCGCAGAUCAGUGUGGAAGGAUCGCGGGUCAUUGUGCAAGUCCCGUCUACAUGGUGUCUGAAGGAAGACCCGGCCACCAUGUCUCUGUUACAGAGGAGCCUGGAUCCAGAGAAGACAUUAGGGCUGGUGGAUGUGCUGUAUACUGCAGUGUUUGACGUCACACGCUGGAAGGAGGGCCGGGAGCAAGCGCUGCCAAUCAUACAGAUCCAGCUACAGCGGGAGAUCUCUGAGUUCGGGAACCACAUCGACCUCCCACACGGGAACGGCAGCAAGUCGGCCGGAGGACUGCAGAAGACCUUCUCCAAGCUGACUUCAAGGUUCACCAAGAAAGUGUCCUGCAGCGGUUCCGGUCACAGUGGGAGCUACUCUGUCCCCCAGACACCUUCCAAGCACGUCUUAACCACUAGCCACUCGGAGGAGAAGGCUAAGCUCCCCAACCACUCGGACUCCAAGCUGCAGAGCAUGCUGACCAUGGGAAACUUCUCCAGGUCCAUGGACAACGCUCAUUCCUCCCACAGCACAAACAGCCAGCUAGUAAAUGGCUUUCUCAUCGACCGCCGAGAGGACUUCUUUAAAGGAGAAGAUCUAAAGGACGAGAAAGGAAUGAACUUGCCGUCGGACCAGGAGAUGCAGGACGUCAUAGAUUUUCUCUCUGGGUUCAACAUGGGAAAAUCUCAGCAAACGUCACCUGUAGUGAAGAGAAGAAAUUCUACUACAUCUUCUGCAGUGCCGGAACAAAAACAAGGGACUGUGAAGCCUCCGACGCAGCCGGUCAUCCACCCUCCCCUGCAUCCUCCUCCUGCUCCGCAGCAGGGACUGUUACAGCAACCGCCGCCGCUGCCCUUAUCGCAGAAGCAGCAAUUGCAGUAUUAUCAGCACUUGUUCCAGCCAAUCGGGCCACAGCAGCAACAACAACAAUCGCAGCCUCCGCCGGGAAAGUGGUUAAACAGCGCCACUCAGCAGCAGUCGCCGCAAGCAGUAGGGAGCGGGUUGUCUUCUCUCGGUCAGAUGAGCCAGUGGAGCAGCCAGGGGGUCCCCGAUCUCAGCUCAGACUUGUACAGUAUGGGGCUCGUCAGCAGUUUCAUGGAUAACAUGAUGUCUGAAAUGCUGGGCCAGAAAUCUCAAGGACCUCGGAAUAACACCUGGCCAAACCGCGACCAAAGUGACGGAGUGUUUGGGAUGCUGGGAGAUAUUCUGCCUUUUGAUCCUGCAGUUGGCUCAGACCCCGAGUUUGCCCGGUACGUGGCCGGGGUCAACCAAGCUAUGCAACAGAAACGGCAAGCGCAGCACGUCCGUCGUCCGAGCACCACACGUAGCAACUGGCCCCAUCCCGACGAUCCCCACAGAACAUGGCCUUUCCCGGAGUACUUCACUGAGCGCGAUGGGAUAAACAGCAGCUGGACGGGUGCUCAGGGAGACUCGGCCAGUUCAAGCGACGAGACCUCUUCUGCUAAUGGAGACAGUCUAUUCUCCAUGUUCUCAGGUCCAGACCUUGUUGCUGCAGUCAAACAGAGAAGGAAACACAGCAGUGGCGAGCAGGAGGCAAACACACUACCCUCACCACCGCUCCUCUCCACGGUGGAUGAUCUCAACCAGGAGAACAAAACCAAAACGUGGCCACCUAAAGCGCCCUGGCAGCACUCCUCUCCUCUUACCAGUACACUGCCCAAUCAGAGUUCUUCUUUGUACCACAUGACAAAUCCUGUGAGCCAGUGGAACGAUACAAUGCAAAUACUACAGUCCCCAGUGUGGUCUACAGCCAAUGACUGUGCUCCUCCAGCCGGGAUCUCCUCUACGUUUGCUUACGCACAGCAGCAACAAUCCCAACAAGCAAACAAGGGCUUUAAAUCCUUCCAGAUGAAGCAUGAACGCAGACCAUCCUACUUGCACCAGUUCUGACCCAGCAGCCGAAACACCAUUUCAACUGUGUUCCUAUGGGGGGUGGGGUGGGAGGGGGUUGUUGCAUUCUGAUGGCUUGGGGGACGGGUGAUGUUUUGAGGUGCAAACAAUUUGAGGUGUUUGGUUUUGAUCCUGUGUUGGGUAAAAUAGAUUUAAAGUUAUGUUACAGCAUUGAGUUUUCCUCAGCCAUCAUUGACCUCCUUUUCUAUAGGCCGUGGUGAAGUCUGGAGGUGCUAGUGUUGAAUAAUAGAGGAGAGAUGGGCACUGGGAGUUUACUACAAUACGCCUUCAGCAAAUCCCCUUUCCGAAUACUCUACCACGCAAUCUUUCCAAACUUGUAGUGUGGUGCCAGCACUGGACCCUUUGGGGUAUAUUCAAUUAAAGUCGGAUCCAUUCCGACAUAUAUUUGUCGGAAUGGAUUCGACAACCCCUAUUCAAUCCCAUCUUAAUUCGACUUUUUCAAGUUGAAUUUAAAUACGACGCAGAGGAGAAGGGGAGCGAGCCGCGGGGGGACAGCCGGCGGGCAUACAG